GGCAAUUUAUAUACUUGAGGGCCUGGAAUGUACAAAAUCCCUGCAUUUGGUGACAUACCAGCAGAGUUCCACGUUUCUCUUCUCCGGGACUGUCCAAACAGCAAAGCCAUUUAUUCAUCCAAGGCUGUAGGUGAGCCUCCCUUGUUCCUGUCAGCCUCUGUGUUUUAUGCCAUUAAAGAUGCCAUCAUUUCUGCCAGGGAAGAAUCAGGCCUAAAAGGGACAUUCAGACUGGACAGCCCAGCCACCCCAGAGAGAAUACGCAAUGCUUGUGUUGAUAUUUUCACCAAAUUGUGUCCAUCUGCUGAGCCAGGAACUUUCAAGCCAUGGUCUGUGAGAGUAUGAAGGAAGCAAUCUCUAAGAACCAUCUCCAAUGGUUAAGUUGGUUUUACCUGAAAGGACCAAAAGAAAGUGAAGACUACUGCUGAAUGAGAUCUGUAUUCCUGUGUCUGCCCUGCUGAUUCAUGAAGCUUUAUAAUUAAAUUGAUGAAUCAUCAGUUGCCUGAUGAAGGGUUAUUGUUGAUGGAUUAUUGCUGGAAUGUAAAUGUAAUGAAGAGGGAGGAAAUGAUGGUUUUGCUAUCUGUGAAACUGAAACUCUGACAAGGUUCAUUUAAGUUUGAGGCAAAGAUGGGAGAAAAGAUCAGCUUGUGAAUAUGUCACUUUUGAAGUGCAAUCAUGACACUGAAAAAAAUGCUAAUUCAACAGAUUUUGAUGCAGCCAUCCUUCUUCUGCUGUUUUCUCCUUAAUCUUUUGGAUGGAUAAUUGCUAACAACAAUGAGGGCAGGACCCCAUUGCACUCUGCCCCGAUGCAUGUAGGAAAUUCAUGAACAUCCAACUGAUGAGCUCAAAACCU